UGUGUAGUGACUAAACCAUGUUUUAAAAACAAAAGAUCUCCCACGCUCACUUUGUACAAAUUUCAGACAGACAAAUCCUGACAUACUUGUGUGACAAAUACAUGACUGUAUUUUCAAUUUCAUAGAUCAACCACUCAACCGUAAUCAGUCAUUUUUAGACAUUCCUAAGUUCUCAAGUCCAGUACAAGAAAUCUGGACUUCUUUUGUUGUUUCUUCAGGACGUUUUUCAGCAAUUCGCACCUUGAUAAAGGAGACCAGAUCACCUCACGUAACGUCGUCAGGGACAACAAAGACCCAAACACUGAGCUGAAUAGCCGAUAGGACUGCACCAUUAUUAACUUUAUGGCCCUAUUAGAAUCAGAAUACAGUCUGACUCUACUGGCCAUGUUUGUGGACACAAACAAUGCAGAUGGGCAGAAGAUUAAAAUGCUGCAAAUGUGCCUAAGUUGUUUCUCAGUAGAGUAGCUACUCGAGUUAUAAUGUGCAUCUAUUAUGUUCCUUGAGGAGACAGCCUGGGGGAAGGAGGUGAAGUUUCUACGGCUACUGAAUAGAAACUCAGUGGCCACACUACAGAAACAAGCUCAGUGGUUAUGUUGGUUGUAAAAGCCUUCCAGAAAAACAGUGAGGGGGGAAAAUGUAGGAAAAUCUGCAACAUGAUGUUCUGGGAUCUGUUACGCACACAGAGACAUAAAAUAGUGGAGGUGGUCAGAUUUGAACAUGGGAACAUUCUGUUGAUUUAAUUUUUUAUGGACUAUCAUUACUUUUAAUUGCUGUAAUGCUGUGAAAAAGUUACAUUGGUGGAAAAAGGCCCUGAGAGAUUAUGAGGAAAGUUUCUGUUUUUCUCCUAACAGAGAGGUUCAUCCUCUCCACAUGCGACCAGCAUCAGUAUCACUUUGUCAGUGGAUCUUUCACCUGGAGCGAAGCUCAGGCCUACUGCAGACAGAAACACACAGACCUGGCCACCAUCCAGAGUUUCACAGAAGUGGAGCGAGUUUUGGAAACGCUUUCAUCUGCUGGUCACACAUCGGAGGUCUGGAUCGGUUUGUACAGUGAGAUGGACUGGAGGUGGUCUGAUGGUUUCACAGGGAGCGGGGCUGAAUACAGGGACUGGGAAACCUCUGAUGAUGAACCAGAUUUUUAUUAUGCCUACCAGUUCUGUGUGUUGAUUGCUAAAAAUGGCAAAUAUUGGGAUGAUUCCUGCAGCAUCUCGUACCCAUUUAUCUGCUACAACGGCACACAGGAGAAUCCUGAAUAUGUUCUGGUCAAUGAACCCAGAUCCUGGUCCGAUGCUCAGAAGUACUGCAGGCAGAACUUCAGAGACCUGGCUACCAUCAGGAACCACACAGAAAACCAGAGAGCUCAAAGUUUGCUUCCUAGUCCGGCCUUUGUAUGGAUUGGUCUGUUUAGAGAUCCAAACUUUCACUGGUCUGAUGGGAGCAGAUUUGUCUACAGAAACUGGGCAGACGUUUUCAACGUAAUAGGCUCCAACAGAAUCAUUUGUGGAGUCACAUGGAGUCCAGGGCAAUGGAGGUUUCGCUCAUGUGAAACAAAAAGGUCAUUUGUUUGCCACAGCCUCCCAGAAAUGAAACGGCUUGUGAAGCUGAGACUGAAGACUGAGGACUCUGUCAAUCUGAACGAUCCGCUUGUGAUGGUAAACAUCCUGAAGAAGCUGCAGGACAGACUGAAUGAGAAUGGAAUGAGUGGAACCACCUUGAAAUGGAGAGAGCAGCCUGACGGAGACGUCUUUAAGAAGAAGAAGGCCGAACUCUGA